AGCUAUCGUCAUCAAUAUGAAACCAUAUCUUCUCUCCCUGUUACUUAUCUUUGUCCUUCUCGACACAGUCCCAACAAUCUCAUCAUCGCUAUCAUUUGAAUUUAAGCCACUACCACUAAAGACCAAUAACCCAAAACUAACAAAAAACAUCCAAAAGGCACUAGAUAAAUCUUUAUCCGGUUUCCCAAAAAGUGUUAUUAACAAAGUCCUCAAUAAAGAAUUAUUGAGGACCUACAUUAUUAACUAUUUCAAGAAUACAGAUAAAAAGGGAAAUUUAAAAAGCCGACGACCCCCUAGCAAUUUUACAAAAGUUCGCGAAGAAUGGCACAAAUUAAUGCCAAAGAGUAGUCAAAUUAAUAAAGUGGAAAUCGACGGCCUCAAGACGGUGAAAGAGUAUUUGUCGAGAUACGGAUACAUGCCGCGCUCCAAAUCAUUCACCAACGUCCUCGAUCUACGCACGGAAUCAGCUAUCGAGGACUACCAGAAGUUCUUCAAUCUGAAAGCUACCGGAACCUUAGACGACAAAGAAACUGUUAAACAGAUAUCCCUGCUACGGUGCGGUGUACCGGACGUGAAUUCCUUCCAACUCUCCAAAAACGUGUUAUGGCCUCUAGGCACGGGCUGGUUCCCCAAGCACCGCACGGAGCUCACCUAUGGUUUUUAUCCGGCGAGCAAGUUCUCGCCGGAGGCGAUCAAGGUGUUCAGAGAUUCGUUCAAGCGGUGGUCGCUUCCCUUACGGGGGGUCAUCAACUUCACGGAGGCGAAGGCUUUCGAUAAGGCGAACAUCCAGAUUGGCUAUGGCGCCAUGAACGAACUAUUUGGAGUGGAAGCGGUGGGGACCACAUUUAUGGUAAAGCCGUCCAAUUAUCAUCGUGUAUGGAUGGUUAUUGAUUACUCCAAGUACUGGGCGUAUCCUGACGACAACUUGGCGGACACGCCGCUGUGGAAAUUCGGGGUGGUUGACUUGGAGAUGGUUGCGAUGCACCAGAUUGGGUUAGAUUAUAUAUGUUUCAAAUAA